UUUUAUAAACACCCUGAGCCUGAUCCAUUGACUCCGUUUCCAUUUGACUUUUCUGUCGCAGAACGUUUUGUCUGCUUUUCCACCCUAGAGGCUUUCCACCCUUGUGCUUGUACCGCUUGUACUAGGGUCUAGGGAGGGUUGCUGACUGUGUGAUUGCAGCAUUCAGCUUUGUGUUCACUGCUAUUGGUAGGCGUAGCAGGACGUAGGACCAAGAGGGAAACUAUCAAAGGCGGAAUUAAACCUGUGAUACUGUUAGACCAGUUUCUUGCCUAGUAAAGAUAUUGUAAAUUCUAAUAUGUCCGUACGUAAAGCUUCUCAUGCAGGUAGCUGGUAUUCCGAUUCAGCUAAGGAACUUGGUCGUCAGCUUGAUGGGUGGCUAGAAGCAGCCAAUUUUUCACAUGGGCCUGCAAGAGCUAUUAUUGCACCGCAUGCUGGCUAUCGUUAUUGUGGGUCAUGUGCAGGUUUUGCAUACAAACAAAUUGAUCCUUCAAAUGUGAAACGUGUUUUUAUUUUAGGCCCAUCUCACCAUGUCCGUCUGUCUGGUUGUGCCCUAUCUACAGUGGCAAAAUAUCGCACACCUUUUUAUGAUCUCACUUUAGAUACUCAGGUGUACAAAGAACUACACAGUACUGGCUGCUUUGAGUGGAUGAAUCUGGAAACAGAUGAAGAUGAGCACAGCAUUGAGAUGCAUCUUCCCUAUGUUGCCAAAGUAUUUGAAAAUCACAGAGAUAUUUCCAUAGUCCCGAUUUUGGUUGGAUCGCUGUCACCGGAACGUGAAACCCACUACGGAAGACUUCUUUCCAGAUAUCUCGCUGAUCCUAGCAAUUGUUUCAUUAUUUCUUCAGACUUCUGCCAUUGGGGACAGCGUUUUCGUUAUACGCACUAUGAUAAAUCUUGCGGCGAAAUUUAUCAGUCCAUUCAGAGACUUGACCAACAAGGAAUGUCCAUUAUUGAAAUGUUGGAUACCGCUGGAUUCACGGAAUACUUGAAAAAAUACGGAAAUACGAUUUGUGGUAGACAUCCAAUCGGAGUGCUGCUAAACAUGGUGGACCAUAUUCGUGAAACUUCGAACGGUUUGAAGGCUUCCCUCAAAUUUGUCGAUUAUGCUCAAUCGAGUCAGUGCCGCUCAUUUAGCGAUUCAUCUGUCAGCUAUGCAUCUGCUGCUCUACUCUUCGAAUGAAUGAAACUUGAGAGCAUUCUAUGUUAAACUAAAGAACAAGGUGAAAAUUCCGUUAGACCGGGUUCUCAUAAACCAAGGAAAAUAUGAUGUGACUGGUUAUUUGGCUGAAUUCAAGAACAACCAACAAUUUCACGUUAAUCUCCUUUGAUCACAGGUCUCGGUCAAAAUUGCAAUCAGCUAGUGUCUGCUCCUAACUAUAACUUGAAAACCCUUAAAUCAGUCCACACUUUCAUGCAAAUUAAUAUGACACAAAAUUAAAAUUGCACGUAACUUUCGAAUCGUUUUAUAAAGGCAGAAAUGAUCGGCAUUUGGAGCAUUGCCGAGGAACACUUUGUUUUCGUCUUAAGUUAGUUAAUUUAAUUUUUUUAUUUACUUGUUAAAAACAGCUGUUUGCAUAUAACUAAGUAUAUGUAUACAGCUGGUUUUGUUUUUCGUUUGUGCUUUACAUAAGAUUGCUGGUUAUUUUACUAUGCAAUUACAUUGUGUACUUUUAAGGUAAUAAAAUAGACCUCUAGCGGAUA